CCUGAUUUUUUUUUUAAAGUUAUCGAAAUAUUUAUAAGUUUAAAAGAUUCCAAGACUAUAGUAGUAAGUAAGGAAGUCUAUGCUAGGAAGAUAAUGGUUAGACAUUAUUGCAUUGUACUUUUUGAUGUAGAAUCACGAUCACUAAAAUUUUGGUCAAAAAAUGGUAUUCCACUUUAUAACCAGUGUUCUUUUUUAUAA